CUCUAGGUUCUAACCGUAACCUAUUGUAGUCAGCUUGCGCUAGAAUUUCUAGUCAUUUUGACGUUCGAAUACAGUGUAGAUUUACGGCAGAUUGGAACUUCCGUUUGACGUCAACUUGCAGUCAGAGUGGCUAUCGGGGCACGAGUUUACUUUUACUAGUCUUGUCUGAGGUAAUCCCUCAUAACGCGACAAACAAAAAAUAAGAUAGUGAACUUCCGAUGGAGCGUGUUUUGAAAGCUGUUCCAGUGGAUUUGAGAGUUAAAAUGGAGGCAUUGGUGCAUGAUUUGACAUUAGCACUAGAAGAAAGCAGUAAUUCAUCAAAUAUUAGACGACGUUGGGGUUUGAGAAGGCGAGCACGAUCUACGGGAAAUAUUCGUAAGUCAUCUUUGAACACGAACAAACACUCAGAUGAUAGCUCAUCUUCUGCCUAUGGUGCUCGUAUUCCAAAAGCUUCAUCAGUAUCGAAAUACCAAUCUGAUAGCGAUGAUACUAACAAAACUAAAAGAUUCGCACGAUUUUCAAAUCUUAACAAUAUAAGUAACAUUGAAAGUGAUUCAGUAAAUGAAAAUUUUGUACCGAGAACUAAUACAAAAAGAAAAAGGAAAUUCAAACGAAUGGCUAUUGAUUCUGAUUCAAAUCCAUCAACAUCACAAACAGCUAUUACAUUUAUAGCACAUUCUGUUGGUAAAAAAAAACGUGUUUUUCGUAAUAGCUGUGAAAAUAAAUAUGGUGCUAUUUGGUGUGGUAAACGUAAAAGAUCAUGCCGUGAAAGAUCAAUUGAUUGUGAGAUGCUUUCACUAAAACAAUCACGUAAUUCGAAAUCUAAAAAUCGUGCUAAAAGUCAAAGUGAAGAUGCAAUGGAUUGUUCAAGAAUUUCAAGCUCAAGUAUUUCAUCAAGUGAUUCAGAAGCCGGAAUAAUUACAAACGAUGAAGAUAGAGAAGGUGAUGAUGAGCAAUCAGAUUGGUUUGGUGAUUCAAAUUUAUGGGAUGAAGAUUGCACUGAUGAUAAUAAGGCACCAUCCAAUCCCGCUUUCCAAUCUAUGCUUCAAAAGAAUUUUGAACAUUUAACAGAUGAAGCUAAAAGGAAUUACCGUCAAAGAAUUCAAUGGAUUCGAGAUGGUUUGAGUGGACGUGAAAUUCGUGCUGGACGACGUCAUGUUGAUAAUAAGCCUGGUUAUUCUAUCAUAACUUCAGCCAAUGAAAAAGUAUCAAGGUUUCUUCAAGAUCCUUCUCAAAGUGAACUUAAAUUACAUCCAAUGCAUCAACCAGAGCGAGAAAAAUUACGAAGGCUGGCAAAUCUUUAUAGUCUUAAUUUAAAAGGUGAUUUGAAUUGUCCUAUUUUGUAUAAAACUCGACAUACAACUCAAGCAAUUUGUGUUGAUCAAGUUUCUUUCAAAAGAUUUUCUGAUUAUAAAAGACUGAGAAGAACUCCACCACAUUCACCAAAUUUUGAAUCAAGAAAAUCAAAUCAUGAAAUUCAAGCAUCAUGUACAAAUGAUCCUAAUCUAACAAUUUUGCCAUCGCCAAAUUGAAUCAAUCCAGAUUCUUACAGAAUCAACAAAUCAUUGGGGCCAUUAGAGAAUAAAAUAUGAUUUAUAGUUAAAAAAUUUUCAUUUUUAUUCGUAAAAAAUCGAUUGAAUAAUUAUUUUUUUACAUUAAAAUAACUAAUUGUAAAUGAUUUCGAAUUAACUAAUAGAAUCGAUUUUUAUUUAUAUAUUUAUUUGAAAGAAAAUUUUAUUAGUAUAUCGCUAAAUAAUAACAGCCAAUAUUCAUUAAAUAACUCAUAAAAAAAUUCUGUUGUUCGUGCAUGUGAAUAGUUACACAGAUUUCUAGUCAUUGGCCCUCGUUAGAUCCCACACAUUCCCUCGAGUAACAUAGAUACUUAAUGGGUCAUUCCAUGUCAAAUCGACCAGUUUUGAACCCAACCCCUUUCGAUUUGGCUGAAAAUUUUGUUCCUUUUUUACUCCAUUAAAAACAUUUUUUGGGAAGUUUUAAAUUUUUUUUUUCCCAACCCAAAAAAAAAAAAAAAAAAAAAAAAAAAAUAAAAAAAAAGCUUUUCUUUGCCAAAUAACUAUAACUUCGUUAAAAAUUGACUAAUUGGGACGUUUUUUUUUGUUCUUCAAAAUUUUCGGCUUCGAGUGUACUUUCUGAAGAAAAUACAAAGAAUUUUAAGAGAUUAUAAUCUAUAUAACUUUUCACUUUUUCUAGAAGUUUGUUAAUUUUUUUUUUUCAUUAAAAAAAAACUUUGUUCAAUUCCGCAAAAAAUGCUCAACAUGAAGUGGGCCGAAUUCCUUCUAAUUUUUUUUUAUCGAAUGAAAACAAAAUUUCUUCCCAGCUGGGCUUAUUUCAUAUAACACAACUCUGGAAAUUUUUGAGGAUUUACAAGAGACCUCAGAGUUUAAAAAAUGGAGAAAAACAAAUCGGUCUGUCGGUUGACCCUGCGGGCCAGCCCCAAAACUUCCCGCUUAUUCGAGCUUCUUGAGCUCGAAAAAUUGUUGUAGAUACAUUUUCGAGCUCUUCGAGCUCAAAAAUACUUUUGUAUGCCUUUGUUUUCGAAAGAAAACGUUUUUACCAUUUUUUCUCAAACGAUAUCUCUCGAACGAAUAAACCGAUUGAGACGUUCAAGGCGGCAAUCGACCCGUUUUAUUAAGUUCUACAGCUGAUCAGAUUUUUAAAUUGAUUCGUUGAGUCGUUUUUGAGAAAUUUUCAAAAUACUAAAUUUUUUUUUUUUUAAUUCUUUCGACAACGGUUUCUCUUGAAAUAAUUAACCGAUUUUGAUGUUUGAGGUGGCAUUCGAUGCGGCUUAUGAAGCUUCAGAGCCCAGUUCAUUUUGAAAUCAAUCCAUCGAGAACAUAAAAAGUUAUCCAAAAAAAACAUUUUUGAAAAAAGUUUAUUUUUGGAAUAUCUCUGAACGAGCCCUACCGAUCAAGUUUAUUUUUUUUUAGCUUCAAGGUAUUCACAAGCCGCGUCGAAUGGCAUCUUGAUGAUUAAAAUGGGUUCAUCCGUUUAAAAGUUACAGAUAUUUACAUACGUACGUACGUACAUACUUACAUACAUACACAUACAUACAUACAUAAAUACAUACAUACAUACACUCAGACAUAAUCGUGAAAUUAGUCAGGAUAGCUUCCUAGAACCUCAAAACGUCAAGAUCUCUUAGAAAUUUGAUUUUCGAAAAUCGGACUGAAACCAAUAACUUCCCGAAUUUUUGAAAAUUUGCAAUUUUCUUAGCGGGAAGUUAAAAAUUUUAAGUGGUAAUCCUCGAAAAGAAUCGCGUUUUUUUUUUCAAAAAUGUGAAAACAAAAGUAAAAGGCAUCUAUAAAUAACUUUUUUGUAUUCUUUUUUUAAAGACUGCGUCUCAAAACUAAAAGAAUAAAAAAAAAUUGCUAUGCUUAUUUCCGACCAAGCCACAGGAUUUUGAAAAAAACAUCCAACACAUAUCUUGAAUUUGCCGUUUUUCGAUUUCAGCCCGGCUUUGCUCUCUACUAUUUCUUCCGAUUGAAAAAAUAAUUCUUAUCAUUUAUUCUAUACUUUUUAUGUUUUCUGAUGAUAAAUUUUAUUUUGAUUUUAAAGUAAAUCUAAGAAAAUAUUUGAAUGGUGUUUCAGACUUAAUUUAUAUUCUGUAGCUAUAGCUUAAUGAUGUCUACUUAGAACUUUGUGGUUUAUACGAUUAAUAAACAUUUAUUUAACACUAAAUUCAAAAACUAUUUUACUUCCCUUUUCUUUGGCGUUUAAAUAUUGUACAUUAGGGUGCUCCAAAAAAAAUCUAUAUUUUUUUCUCUCUUGGCUGUUUUUUUUCUCGGCGGUGGCGUUCGCUAUUUCAAUUUUUCCAUGCGAAUAGCAUGGGAAUUUUAUUUUUUUAUAAAAAAUCCUAUAAAUUCAUGUGACAUUGUGGGAAAAAUUGGAGUCAUGGACAUUUUUUGUAGAAAAUUUUAUGUUCUAUAAAAUUGUUCAGAUGAUCUAAAGCUCUCAAAUCUACGGUUCAAAAGUUACAGGUAUUUCAAGUUGAUCUUUUAAAAAAUCCACGUUCAAACGGGUUUUACACCAAAACUGCUACUCUCACGAAAAGUGUCGAAUGACGGUUUUGUAACAAAUUUCAUUUAUUACAAAAAAGCUUCAAAAACAUCAAUAUAAAUUUGGUACUUAAUGAUUAAUUAAAAUGUUUAAUAAAAACUUUUUUAUGGAAAUUAUCAUUUUCAGUUUGUAUGACUUGAAGGUAAUAAUUUUUUUACUAGUUACUUUGAAUAAAACUCAGGUACGAUCAAAAUUAUUAUUUUAAGAAAUUUAUUAUGCCAUUUAAAUAUUUUUCACUUAUUUUCAAAUCGAUCUAUGCAAAGAAUGUGUUAAAAACAUGAUCACAACCAUCCAUUUAAUUUUUAAAAGUUAUCAACUUUAAAUACCUGCAACUUUCGAACCGUAUGUUUGAGAGCUUUUAAUUAUCUAAAUAAUUUUGUAGAGCAUGAAAUUUCCUACAAAAAUGUCCAUGUCCCAAAUUUUUUCCUCAACGUCAAAUGAAGUUAUACUUAAUAAGAUCUUUAAUAAAAGAAAUGAAAUUCCCAUGCUGUUAGCAUGGAAAAUUUCAAAUAGCGAGCAUCACCUUUUAAAAUUAAAAUAUAAAAUCGUACUUUUGACAGGAUUUUUUUUCGAUACAUAGAAACUUUUUUUACAACAGUUGAGAGAAAAAAAAAUCGACUUUUUUUUGGAGCACUCUAUUGUACAUAUUCUAUAUUCUUCAGAAUUUGACUAAUUUAGGACGUAAAUGUUUCCGUCUUUACGUGGAAUUACACAAUGUAAUUGCUGAGCCCGUAAUUGGUUUGGUUUGUGCGAAUCGGUCAGUCAAAUCAUUCACAGCUUUAUUGUAAUCUAUGUUAAAUCGACCAAUGGAUAGAAUCGACCCCUUUCAAUUUCGAUAAAAUUUGAUGGAAAGUUUUCUUCUAUCAUAGAACGAAGCUCUACUAAAGGUUUUUUUUUUCAAAAGUUAUACAAAAUGUCAAUAUUUUUCCAGUUUUUCAAGUUUACUUUUUUAAUUAUCUUGAAAAUGAUACUACAAAAAAGUGCUUGGGUUCGUUUUAAAGAGGAUAUUUGAAGCCAUGAAAAAAAAUUUUUAAAAAUGCCAAAUUUGUAGAAUUUUGAAAUUUUAGAAAUCGUCGAAAUCGACGAUCAACAUGAAAUUUUCGGCUAAAUUUUUUUUUUUUUACAACAUUUUAUACUGGAUCUUAAGAAAUCCUGAAACUUUAAAAACUAUAAAUAUUUUUUUUUUAUGAGUUAUUGAAUUUUGGUUAAAAAAAAUUUUGUAAUAAUUAUACAAAUUAUUCUACAAAAAAAAAGAGGAAUUCCAUCAAAAACAGAUUUUUUGUAAAAAGUUGCGCCAAGUGCACAUUCAAAAUUUAUCACAUAUUGCAUGGAACAUGAUUUAAAAAGAAAAAAAAGAAAAUGCUAAUCACACCAAGUAACUGGAUUAUUGUAGAGUUAAAAAAAAUUUUUUGUAUUCUAAUUAUAACAAUAAAUAAAAAAAUAACCAAUAUUUUGGUAUA